CACCUCACAUACAUGGACAUAAUUCUCGUUCACGGUUUGCGGAAGUGUCUACUAUAAAUAUAUUAAAACUAAACCACUAUCGUAAAUUACAACACCAUUCAAAGGUAAGGACUAUUUGGUGAAAUACCUUAUGUGAGCUGAGAGAUAAUUGUCUGAUUUAACUGUGCAGUAUCGGGGUGUCAGAUUUCAACAAAAAAUAACCGGCUUCUAAAGGGUCGGGCAAACUGUACCGCUGUUUUCUUUUGGUAAUGAGCAUAUCAGCCAUAAAAAGCGUACAAUAUUCUGGUAAUUGAGCUGUGCUAAAUAAGCCAUCAAUAUAGAUUUGCUCAUAAUUGCUAUAGGCCUACAUUUAAUAAGUUACAAUGUGGAUUGAUGUUUGACAUUGUUUUGAAUAGGGUCAAAAUGGGAAGCUUGCAAGACCCCAGUGCUUUGACAGCCAGACUGCAGAAGACCCUCAUCUCUUACCACAGCAUGGAUGAGAAUGAGUGGAGGGUAGCCAAGAAAUCGGUGGGUGAUACAGUAUUUUCACAGUCUAUUUAAUCACCUCAUAUACUGUAGGCUCAAAAGUUAAAAGGAACUAAAACGAUGUAUACCACACACAAUAUGCUAUCUUCAACCACUUAAACUUUAAUUUCCUCCUAAACUCAUUUUGUGUGUGCAGAACCGCACUUGUACCCGAAUGUUUCUUCUGCUACUAUGGGGUUUCCACUAUCUUUAUGUUUUUUGAUCCUACAUUGUAGAAAGAUGUCAUGGUAUGGAGAAAGUCAUCAGAGGAGUUUCAUGGCUAUCUGUAAGUAUGGGCCUUCUUCAGUGGUGUAAAGUACUUAAGUAAAAAUAAGUACUACUUAUUACUUUUAAGUACUACUUAAGUUGCUUUUUUGGGUAUCUGUACUUUACUUUACUAUUUAUAUUUUUGACAACUUUUACUUUUACUCCACUACAUUCCUAAAGAAAAUAAUUUACUUUUUACUCCAUACAUUUUCCCUGACACCUAAAAUACUCGUUACAUUUAGAGUGCUCAAGCAGGACAGAAUUAUGGCACCUAUCAAUAUAACGCUUUGUCAUCCCUAAUGCCUCUGAUCUGGUGGACUCACGAAACACAAAUACUGUGUUUGUAAAUGAUGUCUGAGUGUUGGAGUGUGCCCCUGUCUGUCCGUAAUAAAAAAUUAUAUGAAAAUCGUGCCGUCUGGUUUGCUUAAUAUAAGGAAUUUGAUGUAUAGCAUUUACUUUUACUUUGUACUUUUACUCAAGUAUGACAAUUGAGUACUUUUUCUACCACUGUACUUAAGUCGCUCUGGAUAAGAGUGUCUGCUAAAUGACGUAAAUGUAAAUGUUAAGUACAUUUAAAACCAGAUACUUUUAGACUUUUACUCAAGUAGUAUUUUACUGGGUAGCUUUCACUUUUACUUGAGUCAUUUUCUGUUAAGGUAUCUUUACUUUUACUCAAGUAUGAAAAUUGAGUACAUUUUCCACCACUGGCCUUCUUUCAGUAAUGACCCUGGGCAUAAAAUCACACACAUCAUGCCUAUAUUCUGUGUUUUAUCCAUAUUGCAGUCAAUACAUUCCCUUGAAAAAGAAAAAGGAACCCACUGGCCACAUACGCCAAUUAAACGUCUAUUUCACGUUGGUUCAACAUAAUUUAAUUGAAAUGACGUGGAAACAACGUUGAUUCAACCAGUGUGUACCCUGUGGGAAGGUUUAUUUGUCUGAUCUGAUGUGUGAUGGUUUUAUCUUGCAGGUAUAAAGCCCAGGGUAUGGUCGACGAUAACCCCAAUAGAAUAGUGGAUUACAUACGCCCUGGGCCUUAUCGAUUAGACUGGGAUAGUUUGAUGACAGCAAUGGACAUAAUAGAAACCCUCGAUCAGGUAAACCCAUCAUCACUUAAGUUCUCAUUGAUAACUUGAUCAAAUUACAAAAGUAGCUUAUUUCUCUCAUGAAGAUACAUGUAGACUGCACACAGAUUUUUGUUUGUGUAAUUCUUAUUUUACCACACUUAAGUAGACCCACUGCCCUAAAUAUUACUCCAUUGGUCAGAAUAAUGAUAUUCCAUCUUCUUAUUAGGUUAUAUAUGAGGGCUUUGUCACAGUUAGCAUGUUAUCCCAAAUGAAUCAAUGGCUAAGUGUAUCUCUGUCUGUCUGCAGGGCUGUUGUGUGAUGAGGUACGCUACUGCAGGCCAGCUGUGGAACAUCAUCGCUCCCAGAGAGUUCAUUGAUUUCUCCUACACCACAGACUACCAGGAUGGCCUCUUGUCUUGCGGUGAGUAGCAAUGUAGUGAUGGAACCACAAGGGAAGGUAGCAUAAUGAAUACAAAAGUGUUGUGUGUAAGGAGUCUGUUGUUCACUGCUUUCUUCUAAUUACAGUAUUAGUAUCUAACUAAAAUGCUGAAUCCCAAACAGGCUCACAGGUUUGACAUUUAAAGACUGUGAUCCAGGAAAUGUUUUCUGUGUAAUAGCUCUGUGUCUGUGUAAUAGCUCUGUGUCUGUGUAAUAGCUCUGUGUCUGUGUAAUAGUAAUGUGUCUAUGUAAUAGUUCUGUGUCUGUGUAAUAGCUCUGUGUCUGUGUAAUAGUUAUGCGUCUAUGUAAUAGUUCUGUGUCUGUGUAAUAGUUCUGUGUCUGUGUAAUAGUUCUGUGUCUGUGUAAUAGUUCUGUGUCUGUGUAAUAGCUCUGUGUCUGUGUAAUAGCUCUGUGUCUGUGUAAUAGCUCUGUGUCUGUGUAAUAGCUAUGUGUCUGUGUAGGUGUCAGUGUUUCCCUUUCUGUCCAAUUUCCAAAGGUCAUGGUUAACCAAAACAUUGAAAUUGUUCUAACCUUUAGGGAGUACUAUUUUUAAAUGGAAGGAGUAUCUUUCCUUUCCACAAGCCUCAUAGGUCUAUAUGCAGGGUCAACUUAUAUUAGGGAGAACCGGAAGUCCACUCCAGAAAGUUGUCUGACCACUGAUUUCUUCUGUCUCCACUCUCCACCAGGUAUCAGUGUGGAGCAUGAGAAGCAGCACCAGAGUUAUGUCCGGGGCUUCAACCACCCAUGUGGCUGGUUCUGUGUGCCCACCCCAGACAGCACUACCACCCCAACCCAGAGCCUCCUGACAGGGUACAUUCAGACAGACCUCCGGGGUAUGAUCCCCCAGUCUGCCGUGGACACGGCCAUGGCCAGCACCCUCAUCAACUUCUACAAUGACCUGCGCAAGGCUCUGAAGAAGGCCUAACCAGUACUAGCCCGGUUGCCAGAUUGGUUUAUGCUUUAGCCAACUGUCGUAUUUGUUGUUAUACUGAAUGUAUGGGAUGGCAAGGGAAUUAAGGGGUUGGCUAAAGCACGUUCAAAUCUGGCGACUAGGCUAAACCAAUACAUCCUAACAGCACUCCUUUUCAAUACACCAAUCGAUUGAUCAGUCAGUCUACACUCCACCCUCAUAGAGGGCUACUGAGAUCCAACUCCAAUGCAGUCCAACUCAGCGUAGGAUCCAGUUUAAGUCCCGUGUAGCUCAAUUGGUAGAGCAUGGCUAUGGGCUCCCGAGUGGCGCAGCGAUCUAAGGCACUGCAUCUCAGUGC